AUGAGGCCGAGUCAUCAUCUCCCCCGGAUGAUGCCUCUGCAGCAUGUCCGCCGCUUCCACCAGACGAGACAGGCUCCAUUUAUAAACGAGUCGCUGGAAGUAGCAUCGUCCUUCAUUCAUGGCGUACACUCAGCCAGCCAUUUGCCAUGGGCUCUCUCAAUCCCUUUGACUGCUUUCCUGAUUCGAAUGGGCGUGGCCUUGCCCCUGCAGAUCUUCACUAAAGUCCAAGCUCGUAAAGAAUCCGAUUUAUCCCCGAUACUUAUGGCUUGGCGACAGCAUUAUCAGAAGAAAGCACAGAAUCAGACUGGUCCCAAUGGCCCGAUACUUGCGAGAGAGGCCAAAAUCAUGACCACUAAAAACGUCAAGGGCCAGUAUGAUGCUCUCCGCCGCCGCUGGGGCCUAGUCCGAUGGUAUAGGCCAGCCAAUAUCCUCCAGGUGCCGAUUUGGAUUACUGUCAUGGAAAGCCUCAGGGCGAUGAGCGGUGCUGAUAAAAGCCUGGCUCAGACCCUGCUUGCACUGUUUUCAUCGGGGGAUUCGGAAUCGCAAGGAUCCGCCGCUCUUCGUCUUACCGUUGAGCCAUCGUUCGCAGCAGAGGGAGCCCUCUGGUUCCCUGAUCUGUUAGCAAGUGACUCGACGGGCAUUCUGCCGGCUAUACUGACCGUCACUAUGUUGGUCAACAUCCGCAACGGAUGGAAGGUGCCGACACUGAGGAGUGCUGCCGACUUGCCCCUCAAAGAGAUGGGGAAGCAGAUGUCGAAUACUCUAUUUCGGUUGCUCAUCCAAUGCAUGGCUCUAAAUGUUGGGCUGGCAUGUUAUAUGCAGGGAAUGCCGGUAGCGGUUAUGAUUUACUGGAUCACGAGCACGAAUAUCGCGACGGCACAAACAUAUCUUCUUCAAAAAUACAUGUUCCCCACUCCAUCAUUGAAGCCAUGGAGGCAGAUCCACAUUGCUUAUUCUAAACGGGGACAAAAGGCUGUGUUACAGAACUAG